GAGAGAUCCAUCGGGGGGCUAAGCGACGGCGUUCUAGCUGAUCGAUCACCUGAAUCACGUCGCCGGAACGUUUUGGCCUCCCCCUGCAUUCCCUUCACUAUUGAUUCAAAACCGUGUCGUUUUUACUCUUGUUCGAGCGCUGAUUACAAAUGAUUCACGAGGUUAAACUUACUCUUUUGCCCUUUGAAAUCCCACCUAAUCACCGCCUUCAGUCCCCUGCAACAAACAUCGUCAGUCAUUGCUUCCUUUUCUUCUUUUAUUCUUGCUCGAUUGUAGUUUCGUUUAUUCAAUCGUGGAAAUUAACGAUGUCAAGGAAGAGGAAUUUGAAUUCUCAACGACUUAUUGUCUGUCAAAAGAAUUGGGCAGUACGAGAUUAACGUUGACACCAUCGCUAUGGAUCAUGACUUCGAAUCUUUGGCUCGCUUGCUUCAAUCCUUUAAUACCCACCAUUUAAUCUACCAAGGCAAACAGCUCCACCUUCUCUUUUUUAAAAAGGGUAUCAUAAGUUCUACUCUUUCACUGGCAAAUCGCCUUCUACAGAUGUAUGCAAGGUGUGGCGGUAUAAGUGAUGCGCAUAAACUGUUCGAUGAGAUGCCCAGUAGAAACUGCUUUUCUUGGAAUACAAUGGUAGAAGGCUACAUGAAGUCUGGAAACAAAGAAAAAUCUUUAGAGCUCUUUGAUUUGAUGCCCUUCAAGAAUGAUUACUCAUGGAACGUGGUCAUGUCGGGGUUCGUUAGAGCUGGUGAGCUAGAUAUUGCUAGGAGGCUGUUUAAUGAGAUGCCUAGGAAAAAUGGGAUUGCUUGGAAUUCGAUGAUUCAUGGUUAUGCCAAAAAAGGGUAUUCAAGAGAAGCUAUUAAGCUGUUUAAAGAAUUAACUUCGAAGCCUUUUGAAAAAUCAUAUGGUGAUACAUUUGUAUUGGCUACUGUUAUUGGUGUUUGUACUGAUUUAGGAGCUAUUGAAUGUGGAAAACAAAUCCAUGCUCGGAUUCUAGUUGAUGACCUGGAAUUUGAUUCUGUGCUGGCUAGUUCAUUGAUUAAUUUGUAUGGGAAGUGUGGUGAUUUAAACAGUGCAAAUUAUGUUUUGCAUAUGAUGGGGGAGUUAGAUGAUUUUUCUUUAUCAGCACUAAUCACAGGCUAUGCAAAUUGUGGACGAAUGAGUGAUGCUAGAACAAUAUUUGGUAAGAAAAGUAAUCCAUGUGUUGCAGUAUGGAACUCGUUGAUUUCUGGAUAUGUUACCAAUAAUGAGGAAAUGGAAGCAUUUGCUAUCUUCAAUGAGAUGCAGAGAAAUGGAAUUCUGGUAGACUACUCCACAAUAGCAAUUGUUUUGAGUGCUUGCAGUAGCUUUGGGAAUACUAAACAUUGUAAACAAAUGCAUGCCUAUGCUUGUAAAGUUGGAGUAGUUGAUGACAUUAUUAUUGCUUGUUCUUUUAUAGAUACAUAUUCAAAAUGUGGAAGUCCUAAUAAUGCUUGCAAAUUAUUCAGUGAGCUCAAAGCUUAUGACACAAUUUUGCUCAACUCAAUGAUCAAAGUGUAUAGCAAUUGUGGUAGAAUUGAAGAUGCAAAAGAGAUCUUCAAAACAAUGCCGAGUAAAAGCUUGAUAUCUUGGAAUUCAAUGAUAACGGGUCUUGCCCAAAAUGGUUAUCCAAUUGAAGCAUUGGAUCUCUUUUGCAAAAUGAAUAAACUGGAUUUGAGAAUGGACAGGUUUAGUCUUGCUAGUGCGAUAAGUGCCUGUGCUGGCAUCUCUUCGCUUGAGCUUGGUGAACAGGUUUUUGCAAGAGCAAUUAUCAUUGGGCUCAAAUCUGAUCAGGUUGUCUCUACCUCCCUUGUUGAUUUUUAUUGUAAGUGUGGUUAUGUUGAAAAUGGGAGAAAAUUGUUUGAUACAAUGAUAAAAUCUGAUUGUGUCUCUUGGAAUUCGAUGCUGAUUGGGUAUGCCACAAACGGUUAUGGAUUGGAAGCUCUGACACUGUUCAAUGAAAUGAAGCAUGAUGGAGUGAGGCCAGAUGAUAUUACAUUUACAGGCGUUUUAUCUGCCUGUGAUCAUUGUGGAUUGGUUGAGGAGGGAUGGAAAUGGUUUAAUGUUAUGAAAUAUGACUAUCACAUUGAUCCAGGAAUUGAGCACUUUUCCUGUAUGGUUGAUCUUUUGGCUCGUGCUGGUUGUCUGCAGGAAGCAGUGAAUCUUAUCAAUAAUAUGCCUUUUGAAGCGGAUGCCAGCAUGUGGUCAUCUGUGAUGAGGGGUUGUGUGGCUCAUGGAGAUAAGGAUCUUGGAGAAAAGGUGGCAGAGCAGAUCAUUGAGCUCGAUCCUGAGAGCUCCAGUGCGUAUGUGCAGCUAUCUGGCCUACUUGCUACCUCUGGAGAGUGGGAAAGUUCUGCCCUGGUCAGAAAGGUAAUGAGAGAGAAGCAAGUAAAAAAGCAUCCUGGUUUCAGUUGGGCUGAUUGAACAAGAUAUUUGGAAUGCAAAUAAUCUGGGUAUUUCCAUCUGCUUCUUCACGAGGAAAAAUCAUAUUUUUGUUCCAGCUUUUGCAGAAACCUUUCACGUAUCCAAUCACUCUCAAUUAAUUGUAAAUUUGAAGAGAAUGACAUUUUGCGGUAGCCAAUUUUUGGAGUUACUACUUAAAUCAUGUCGAGAUUCCUUAUCUGAACUCUAUGAACAUUCUUAUGGUGCAGAUAAUCCUGCUUCUGUUAUCUCACAAGGCUGGCUACCAUUCUCUUACAUGUUUUUGCAACUUUCUUAUGGACAAUUUUAUACCUUGCAUAUAUCAUGAUUAUAUCAAUUUAUUUAAGCACAUUGAAUAAGUUAUCUUCUACUACAA